GCCCGAGGUAAACAUUGGCGGCCCCGACGACCGUUAGCUCCUCGCGGGAAGACUGUGAGGCGGCAUUGCAGGGCGGGACUAGACGGCGGCAAGGCGGUGAUUUAGCACUACACAUCACUACUGAAACCCCAGGAGCCAUGGCAGACAGCGGGGAGGCCGAGGAAUCUGGAAUUUCUAUGGUGGAAGUGCUGCAGGAGGAGGAGGAGAGACAACUGAACGCCGCAGCUGUCUUAGGGGCCGCUGAUGACACCCAGUGCACCUACGACCAGGGAUACAUGAAGAGGCAGGCCUUGUAUGCCUGCAUGACAUGCUGUCCUUCAGAUUCAGAUCGUCUAGCAGGUGUGUGUUUGGCCUGCAGCUACCACUGCCAUGAAGACCACGAGCUUGUUGAGUUGUACACCAAGAGGAACUUUCGAUGUGAUUGCGGAAAUUCAAAGUUUCCUCAAAGUUCGUGCAAACUCCUGAAGGAAAAGUUGCCUGAGAAUCCUGAGAACAAGUACAAUCAUAACUUCAGUGGAGCUUACUGCACCUGCAACCGCCCCUACCCUGACCCUGAGAACCCUGAUGAGGAUGAGAUGAUUCAGUGCUGCCUGUGCGAGGACUGGUACCAUGGAAAGCAUCAGGGUGAUGAUGUUCCCCAAGCUGAGAUGUAUGGUGACAUGAUCUGCUCCCAGUGCCUUCCCAAGCACCAGUUCCUCUCCUACUAUGUGGGUUUGGCAGUGACUGUAGUGGAGGAAGAAGAGGCUAAAUCUGCAGCUAGCCCAGAGAAGUCUCCUGACACAAAAACUACAGAUAGUCCAGAGAAGACUGUUGAGGCUAAAUCUGCAGGUAGUCCAGAGAAGUCUUCUGAUGCUAAAUCUGCCAGUAAUUCAGAGAAGUCUCCCAUCAUAAUUACUCAAGAAGAAACAAAAGAAAGCGAAGUUUGUGAACAAAAGGAGAAAACUGCAGAAUUGGAGAACAAGAAGGAUGGGAAACAAGAUAGUGCUGAAAAACCCAAAGAGUCAGGCUGCUUGCUGACCAACAUGACAAAGCAGACCUUGCCAAAAGGCGCCCUGUUUCUUCAGAGCAAUUGGAGACAGCAGCUGUGCUCAUGUGACAGUUGCAAGGAUAACUAUAAGGCUGAGGGUGUCCUCUUUCUCCUCGAUGAUGAAGACACGGUCAAUUUUUAUGAAGAGAGUGGCAAGUCUCACCAGGCCAGCAGCAGUGCACCUGUGCAGAGAGAGCUGGAGGCCCUUUCCUCCCUGGACCGUGUGGUGCGGACAGAGAUGGUUCAUGAGUACAACAACCUGAGUUCAUCACUCCGAGAAUACCUCCGCAAGUUUGCUGAGAGCAAGAAGGUGGUUCGGGAUGAAGACAUCCGAGAGUUCUUCUCGCAGUUAACAGCCAACAAAAAACAAAAACCAAACCCUGGAGUUCAGCUGUUUUGCAAAUGAAUCUUCUCCAAAGCAUGGUGAUAAUUUAAUCAUAAAUAUUGAUGGUAAGUUCAGUAUGGUAAGUCAAGUAUUCCUAUGUGCCGUGACAAAUUGAAGUCAAGAUGUUUAGUGUUGCUUGUUGAUAAAUGACUCGGUAGUUGAUAUUUCUCACAUGAAAUUUUAAAGUUAAUAUUGAGUAAAAUACCAUAAAUAAGAUUUUUACUGGUAUCUGUAUGUAUCGUAUAUUCAUUUACUCAGGAUAACUUAGGUUUAAUUUCCAAUAAUACUGCAUUUUGACAAAGUUUAGAGAUAUAUAUUUUUUGUGUAAACAAUUUUUUGAUCGGUGGCUUUGAGGUCUCCCUGACUAUUUUCUUUACAAAUAUUGUCAAUGAAUUUUAUACACAGCAAUAUCAGUCACUGGCUUGAGGAUUGUAGCUUUCAGUCACUGCAUGAUGAUUCCAUGAUCCAUCAGAUGUAAUGCAUAUUAUAAUCAAUUAUGGUGAUACAAUAUAUAUUUUUACUUUGAAUUAACACGUUAACCGCGUAUUGGGCCACCAGUGUACCGAACAGAUGUUUCACUUGUUGUGUAUUGGUACAUCUGUGGCCUGAAUAGCCCUUUCUAUAAACUUUACAAGCAUGAGUAUAUAAACAAUUUGUGUAAAUUUGUAUUUAUUAUGACUGCAGAUGUGUUGCAAUGGUACCAGGUAAUAAGUUAAACAUGAUAAAGUAACAAGUAUAUAUGUAAAAAGAAAAAAAACAGGCAUCCAAAAUACAUAUAAAGUUUGGUGACAUUUCACUUCCAAAAUAUAAGCAUUGCAUUGUGUAACAGUAAUCAACUGUAGAGGAAAAUUCCCCUCAUAGCAAAUAACAAAAAAAAAAAAAAAUAAAUAAAAUAAAUAAAUAAAUAAAAAAUCCUACAAUAAAUGAAAAUUUUGCUUUCAUAACAGAAUAAAAAAUAAUGCUCCAGAUCACUACUAGUGACUUGGAAUAUUAGAUUAUCCUAAUGUUUGAUUUAUUGCAGUGUAUUAUGCUGAACUGCAGAGGAAAACACCACUCACAAAAAAAAAAAAAAAAUAAUAAUAAUAAUAAUAAUAAUUCUUGGUAAAUUAAAAUUUUGCUUUCAUAACUGAAUAGAAAAUAAUGUUCCCCAUCCUGCUCUUCAUCUGUUUCUGACUCAUCACUUUCCUUGGAGAGCUCAUCAUCCGGGUCAUCUGAACUGACAAAAAAAUCUGUAUCAUCUGAAUCACCAGAUGAGGUAUCGGAUCGUCCUCCGUAAAAGACGGUCAGGUUCAUUUAUGUUAAAAAGGAGGGGAAAAAGCAUUAUUAAUAGUUUUCUUAUGUACAGCUGAUCAAAAUGUAAGAUAUUGUAUCGAUACUAACUCAUAUAUGCAUCAUAAAAACUACACAAAAUAGCAGAACAAGAUUACAUCAUCAGUCUGUCACAAACUGGUACAUAUAUGCGCCAACCCAUGCCUGGUACAUUGGUGCACCAAUACGCGAUAGAGGGAAAAAAUAUUAGUGGUCCGCGACUCGGUAUAUAUUUGUACCAUGGAUUUUUAUGCUCUCUACUACAUGCCAUCCUCUCACAAUGAUACAUACAUCCUCACUCUGCAAAAUUCCAACGGACACUGGCGUGGUGGCGCUGUGAAGGUUCCGCGGGGCAGGCGAGAGUGCUGAGUUGCCAAACGCAGUUAAUGUGUUAAUGCACUUGUGGCAAGUCUAAAAACAAGUGUCAGAUACUAUAGUGAAGCACUCAAGUGUUUGGGAACCAAAACACUGAUUUUCAAUAAUUAAUGUAAAAAAAUAUGCAUAUUUUUAGAAAAUGUAUUCAGAUCUAUACUUUCAACUAGCUUGUUUUAUGGAGAAUCAGUGUUAUUUCACUGAACAUUAACCUUGCAGUGGUCACUGUUAGAACUGUUGGGUCAAGAUGUGGUGUGAGUCAGGCUUGACAAUUAUGUAGAUCCUCAUGCAUUGACCGUGUUGGUUUAACCCAUACAGCAUAAUCAGAAAAUAAUAGAAUAGCUUGACCCCCCUGGCAUCAGAAUGGCAUUUGACUCCGUGCAUCGUGAGGCACUCAGAGACAUUCUGCGGAUCUGUGAGAUUCUAGCAAGGAUUGAUUGGUGAUGACUGGCCUUUACUCUGGGACUGAGUGCUGUGAAGUGUGGGGGAGGCAUUUCUGGCUUAUGCCCUGUUAAUGCAGAAGUCAGGUAGGGCUGUGUCCUUGCUCCUUCACUGUACAACACUUGCAUGGACUGGGUAUUAGGCAAAGUUGUUGAUCAAAGUCUUAGUGGAACAUCUGUUAGUGCCAUCAAGGUCACUAGCCUUGUGUUUGCUGAUGAUGCUGUACUUCUCAUGGAAUCACUGAAGGUUCUGGUGUUGGCUCUCAUAGUGCUGCAUGAGGAGGUGAAGCCACUGGGAUUGAAGGUCUCCUGGGGCAGGACCAAGGUGCAGUCAUUUGAAGGCUCGCUGGAUGACAGUUCAGUCUAUUCAUGCAUCUGUUGAGGACAUUGAGGUCAUCAAAAGUUUCAUAUAUCUUGUUAGCAUAGUGCAUAACAAUGGUGGGGCUCACCAGGAAGUUACUCGACGGAUUGACCUGGUCCACGGUGUUAUGGAGUCACGCAACACAAGUAUCUGGUUUUGUCGAUAUCUUUGCAGGUGGACAAAGAUUAAAAUCUUUAAGUCACAUAUGGUCCCUGUCUUACUGUAUGGCUGUGAGACAUGGACACUGAAUAGUGACUUGGAGAGGCGUGACGACUUUGAUGUCAAGUGCCUUCACAGGAUCAUUGGGUAUCGCUGGGAUGACUUUGUGCCGCAUGAGCAACUACUUGACGAAGCUGAAUUGAGGCCUGUUACCAGAUUAGUCCUAGAAUGUCACCUUUGGCUAUUUGGGCACAUGGCACACUCUGGUCGUUGAUCUUGCUUAUAGGGUUGUUUCUAUACGAGGCAACCAUGAGUGGAGGAGACCAAGGGAAUGCCCAUAUAACUCACAGAUGAGGCAAGUUGAACAAUGCUUAGAGGCAUUUUGAGUUGGAAAGAUAGCUGUAUAGAGCCAUGCUCGAGGGUACCAUCAGGGGUGGAAGCAGUAAGUUAAUGAAGCAACACGCCCCUUGUCGUAUGCUCCCUGUUAGUUAGUUAGGGAAGAAAAUGCUGUAUGGGUUGAAAAUAUUUACAUAAUCCAUACCAUGUAUACAUUAUCUACCUAUCUAUCUUUUCCAUCAAAAUUUACUCUUAAUUUUGCAGGCAGUUCUUGUGCUUAGAAUGGGACCAAACUAUGCUUUUAUUAUUUUUUUAUUGUUAUAUUUUAUUUCUUUUCUUUAAGGGAAGCCAGUUGCUACAUAUAAUUUCUUGUCACAGCUCAGCUUGUUUAGGAAAAAGGUUUGAAAAGUUGAUUUUGAAAAUCAAUGGAAGUGUCAACAAGUAAUCCCAUAUCCAAGUCUUGCCACUAUUUGCUAAAUUGUCACAUACUUUCAAUAAUGCCUGCCUGAAAAGCUAUAUCCCUAUAAACAUGCAUUCUCACAGCUUAUGAUGGCACCCAAUUGGUUACUUCUUGAGAGUUGUGAACACCUCUGGCUUUUUUUUUUUUUAUGAACUUUUAAAUUGAGCGAUAUAUAUAUAUAUAUAUAUAUAUAUAUAUAUAUAUAUAUAUAUAUAUAUAUAUAUAUAUAUAUAUAUAUAUAUAUAUAUAUAUAUAUAUAUAUAUAAAAUAGUGUGCAUCUGAGCAUUAGUCUCCAUGCUGCUAUGUCUUUGUUAUCCAUUAUCAAUUGUACAUCGUUAAACUCUAUAUAUACUAACCCUCCUCCAUAAUGACAGCAAAUAAUGUUUCUCCCCACCUGUGAAAGGUGCUAAGAUUUUUGCUAAACUAGUGUAGCACAGUUUUGUUAAUUCGGGAUUUAUUUCACUAGUCUAAUUAAGAUGCAUCUUACAUGUGAUAACACUCGUCACUGUAUGACAAUUGCAGGAAGUCAUAUGCACAUAAUAUAAAUCAGUGAAGGAUGGAAGGAUUGGGAAUGACUUAUCUCAAAAUGGUAGGAUUCCUGGUGGGGAAGUAGUGUGGCAAAUAAUAACAUGUAAACGCAGAAUAGAAAGUGAAAAUAAGGGUCACGUGACCACUCUGACAAGUGUCCUUGAGAAAAAUCAGAGGAGGCUCAUUCCCUAACUUUAAAUUCUUAAAAGAAAAAUUGCAACACAAGCAUUAUAGGAUGUGAGGGAGGCUGCAGCCUUGGGGACAGAGGUUUGCAUGGCUGAAGAGGCUGGAAGAGUUGAAACAACUGUAUUUUGUGAUAUUCAAAAAGAGAAUUUUCACCUUUAAAAUCAGAAACAUGACUGGUACAUUCAUAAUUAGUCAUAUUGUGGUGGCAGAGAAUAAUGGCAGAAGAGUAUAUGAUAAGGUAAAUUCACUAUGAAAUCUAGGUUAACUUAUACUUAUGAGGAUCAAAACAGUACGACUACUGCACAUUAUAAUAUAACCUAUUAAUAAUCUUAUGGAUAUGUGGUAGUUUGGGUUGUCAUGCUGCCCAUAAGGUUGUUUAUAAUGUAGAGUUGAUUGAGCCUUGUUAGCAACUUAGUGGAAGUGUACACCAACUUUACUGGAUGCACAAAUGCUUAUCAAGAUCACUAUAGAGAAAAUGAAUCUUGUGGCAGGCUACAGUAGAUUCCAAGCCUACGUGUACAACUUAAUAAGCUCAUUGUAAACCUGUAUUUUUACUCUCCCCAUGUAUAGAUAUUCUGCAUCUGCAAUUAUCCUUUAAUGAAGAGAAGGUAUCCUGCAGUUAUAAUGUUCCUAGGUUUGUAAUGCAGAAGGCUGUAAUAUGGAAAUUGUAAGGAGUUGUAUAAUGGGGUAGGAUUUGUGAUAUUGACUUGACAAUCUUGCCUGCAGCUGCAGUGUGAUGAAAUCAAUACUUCACAAUCACUUGAACUUGACUUUCAAAGAACUUGAAAAAAAUCUGAUGUUAGAUCUGAUUAUAAUGGAUUAGGGUUUAUUAAAGGAUAAUUUUA